UGACCUACACAUGCUCCAGUGCUCUCACACCGCCGUCCUCUCCGUCUGCUCCUCCUCGGGUCUCCUGCUCACCUUCAUGCAGGUGAGCGAUGGACGAAAGCACCUUUGAGACAUUUGAGGAAGAGCUUGGUAAACCACUGCAAGAGGUUCCUCCUCAGAAACCUGUCAGACAAACACGAACAGAAGGCAGAGCAGAGAUGUAUGCUCAGAGGAGGGUGCGAGAGGAAGCUCCAAUCGUCCAGCAGGUCCCGAAGAUGACUCCACGGGAACAUCCGGUCUCCAGCGCCACAGCGUCGUUACGCAAAGCGCUCUCCAUCCAGAAUCUGACGCAGAUCGAGACGCCGUGGGAAGGUGUGACGCUGAACAGGUGUCUGAUCGCAGCCAUAACCAUCCUUCUGCUGAGCUCCGUUUUACAGAGAAUACACGAAGCCGUCAGAGGCCGCAAAGACGUCAGUGAAGAGCUCAUGGCACUAAACGAGAGACAUACUCUGAUUAAAAGAGGGAAAAUAACACCACAUGAGCCAGACACUUCCUUAUGGGAAACAUUUUUCUGGUGGAUUGAUGAUGAUGAUGACGAAGGCAAAUCUAAGAGAGCGACUCGCGGGAGAGUUUCCAGGGGCCUCAGGCACCGGGCCCUUCCGGACCCCAGGCUCCUGAAGAAAAGAGAGACAAAAUUCACCGAGCGCAGAAGACACGAAGUAGAUGAGACUAAAGAGAAACUGACAAAAGAGAAAGAGAUGAAAGUCAAGAAGAAGGUUGAAGAAGAGGAGGAGGACAUAGAGAAGAUGAAGAAACCGAAGAAACCAGCGAAAGAGAGCAAGCGAAAACCUAUGAAGAAAGAGAAUCAGUGACGUACCAACGCAUAAAGAAAAUAGGGCUGAUGGCAUAUGUGCUUAAAUUAUCAUGAAAAUAAUGCUAAAUAAUCUUAAUGGUCCUAAAAUUAUUACAUGUUUUCUUUUGAUUACAGGCUGAAAUAUUUAUACACUCUCAGAUCUUGAUGCACUUCUCGAGUCAUUUGAUGAUCAUGUGUAUAAUUUGGUGCUUUUUUGCUUUGUAAAGUCCGUAUUUUUCAGAGACUUGAUAGUAACUUUACUGAAACCAUAAACCCCUCGAGACUUUUUUUUAUGACUGCAAGUAAAACUCACAAACAUUAUAUUCUAAUAGAGGACAUUAAGUUUCAGAUGCCACUGAAAUCGCUGGUUACUGUCAGGUGAGAAUGAGAUCAAGAGGUUGCAUUAACAAGAAUUGGUUUAUAUCAAUGCAAGUUUAUUUUAAACAUGUUUAAAACAAUAGUUAAGCGACAUUAUAAAGUAAUG